AUGUCGGUACAAUUCAGAGAUUUGACCGAACCUCUUUACCAAGAGGCCAAAUUGACUUUGAAAACGCUCGAUACUGGUGAUGUUGAUGGACAUGAGACAGAGCUGGUACAAGCAUGGGUUCUUAUUGCAAUGUGUGAGUCCAUGCGGACUCAGCACCAUCAAGCAUGGAUGAGUGCUGGUCAAGCAUUUCGGAUACUGCAGGGCAAACACUUUCACGAAAUUGAUAGCCCGAAGACAAUCAGACAAUCCACUGAUGAUCCGAUAGAGAUGGAAGAGAAGAGGCGAGUGUUUUGGUUGGCCUAUUUUCUGGAUCAUCUUCUUAGCAUACGCAAUGACUGGCCUAUCACGCUAAAUGAGCAUGUGGAAUUCCAAAACGGUCAGCCCGUUCUAGGCGGAUUCCUAUCCGAAGUCAUGACAGAACCUAGCAUAACAGUGCAAUCGCCUUUCAACGAAUGUCUCAUUCUACUAACCAUCUGCGGCCGCAGUCUCCUCCAAGGUCAGCAGCUGAAAAUAUCCGAAGUAUACGGUCACACAGCAUCUGGCGAUCUAAAACAAUGUCACUGGCUUGAAAAGCUUCUCAAAGCUCGACUCCAAAUUCUAGCACAGCUCUACCCGUCCCCAAAUAAGGGUUACGAUCCGCUGCUGUGGUUUGCCAACAUACUAAGUCACUCAGCAGUGGUAUACUGCUGCAAAAGCCUAAUGCAAUCGCUAGGGGCACCCGGCGGAAUAGAAGACAAUGCAGCUUAUACGGAGUAUCAGAGCCGGGCGUUGACUGCUGUUGAGGCUAUUGUCGGCCUUGCGCAAAUUUUGCCUACUUUUCAUUUCUCGAAGGUUCAUCCGCUUAUGCCGCUUCCGUUGUUCCUGGUAGCGGAGUUUCUGUAUGAUAAUGUGGGGGAGAACCAGGCUUUUGGGUUAUAUUUACAGGAGCUGGUUACCGUCGCUCAGAAGCUCAAGAACGUCAAUAACCUUGAGCAGAGUUAUAUGGAUCUAAUGCCACAGUCGUGUAUAUCCAAGACAACGGAGUUGCUGAAUAGCCAUGCUGGAGUUGACUGA